UUGCAGGCACACCAAAAAAAAAAACCAAAAUAAAAUAAAGAAAAUGGCAAAAGAAAAAACUACACGAACCCGUUUGGCGGCCAAAUCAAACUGGCGCCUGCAUCUGGAUUGGAUGUCGAAGUCGCUGGCGAUUAUGUCAUGGCUGCAUGAUUCCAACUGCGGAAAGCUGUGCGCUUGUGGGCUGGUUUAAAUGUGGCCAAAACAAAUUGGCGGCUCGCUAGUCUGGCUGGCCAAACUGGAGAUAGUCGCGGCUUUAACCAUGAAAUCGCACCACAAGGCUGCGCAUUAAGACGCUGGCCACGAAGCUAAACGGACGCGUUCGAAGCGAGCAACUGCAAAUGGGAGUCCGUGUAGUACUUUUGGCCGUUAUGGGCCUGGGCGCCAUGUAUAUGAUGCAUCUGUUGGCACAGGACUGGAAUCGCAUACGACCCAUACAGGGCAUCACGAACCUGGCAGGACAGGCCAGCUCCGCACUGAAUCUGCAAGGGGUGACCAGUUUCAUUGGCCAGUCCAGCUCGGCGCUGAGUUUGCAACGUGGCAAACGUGCCGCAUUAAGUCGUGAAUUGAGCUGGGUGCAUGGCCGGCAGGAUGCGGGUGCAGUGCAUCAAGCCGCGUCCAUUGACUGGAAGCGCAUACUUGCCCGCGAUCCCUUCGAGUGCUUGCAGUCGCUCAUCUGUCAGCUAAUGUCUGGCGCGGAGGCACAUUCGGCAGAGGCCGAGCUGCUGAUGAAUUUCAUGGAAUCCUCACUGGAACUGGCGCCAGCCAAAAUUGGACGCGCCUUCAGUCGUGGUCUGGCACUGCGCGGACGCACUGAUCGCUGUUACAAUGAGUAUCCAUUCUGUUUGUACUCCGCCAAGACCAUGCUGCGCAUCUUGCGCUGGUUCAGCGAAACGGGCAACCUGCCAGAGGACGAUCUUCAAUACUAACCCUUGAGCUGAGCGAAUUUAAGAGUGGUAAAUACCUCUGAAUUGCAACAACAGAGGUUAUUAGUCGUCUGCUUUAAUAUAUUUUUUAUAAAAUCAUAAUUAAGCUCUUAAGAUAGAUAAUAAGCUAUCAGUACUGAGAAAAUUUAAGAAAUGCGCGCGGUUUC